GUCCGGGGCGGAGCUGACGCUGGGGGCGGUGCCUGCGCCGGGGAGGUCGCGGCGUAGCUCCGCCCCCGGCGUUGGCGGGAGAUCCGAACGUCUGCAGAGUCUCUGAUGGCGGUUGCGUGAGGUGGCUCGAGCUUCCAGCGGGUGUCCCGUUGGCUUGGUCUUCUCAGCGGCCAUGAGGCGCAGAGGCCCGGAGAAGGAGGAGGAGGCCUGCGGCGUGUGGCUGGACGCCGCGGCGCUGAAGAGGCGGAAAACGCAGACACAUUUAAUCAAGUCAAGCACCAAAAUGUUAACACUCCUUCCUGGAGAGAGACAGGCUAAAAUUUCUUUUACUCAAAGAAGCUGUCCAUCUGCAGGCACUCGGCAGACCAGCAUUGCUUCCUUCCUCACCUUGCAGCCAGGAAAGACAAAUGGUGCUGACCAGAGGAGUGUUUCAUCUCAUACAGAAAGUCAGACCAACAAAGAGUCUAAGGAAGACACAACCCAGUUGGAACAUCUGACCCAGGGCUUGCGGGCUUACUUCAUGGCACCCCCUUUAGCCACUUCAACCCCUGCAGACAUCCAGGAAGCUAGACUUUCUCCUCAGUCUCUCAAGGCUUCUUGCCACCAUGGAAUGGGAACCCCAUACUUGACUGUGCCGUGUUUGUUCCGGCCUGAUACCUCAGUCUGUGCUGGAGAGAGUAAGGCCUCACUGGCCUGCUCCUUCGCCCAGGACCUGGAGAGCUCUUGCUUGCUGGACCAAAAAGAGGGAGAGAAUUCUUCCUGUGAAAGGGAAUGGCUUCAUGGAUCUAAGAAAAAUAAUUAUCAGAGUGUGGAGAGACACAGUAAAACAACUGGGCACAAGGGCAAUCAGCUCUUGGAUAAGACUAACUUGGAAAAUGUGUCUGCUAAAAGAAGCAGGCAGGCCCCUGUCCUUCAAACAUACAAGGAUUCCCGGCGCGGAGCAAACACGAAAGCAGUAAAACAAAGCUCUUGCCCUAUUCCUGGGUUUUCCUGGGACAGUGAAAGGAAUGACAAGGACUCCUGGAGUCAGCUUUUCACUGAGGAUUCUCAGGGCCAGCGGGUCAUUGCCCACAACUCUAGAGCUCCUUUCCGAGAUGUAACCAACGACCAAAAUCAGGGCUAUGGGCGGGUCCCUAAUAGCCUUUGGGCUCAGUGCCAGGACAGGACCACCCAGUUCAAUCUGCAGCCUGAUUCACUCUUUACCCAGGACUCUGAAGUCCAAGCUCUAGUUCGGCAAGACUGUUGCAGAUUUCUAACUGAUAGGCAGAAACAUCUGCGGUGA